CCAAAAUCUGCUAAUAAACAGUUAGACAUACUCUUGUUUUUUUCUUAUUGCCUAGGGCUUCGCCCCUAGUUCCUCCACGCCGUCACCCCCGGGCCUCCGCCGCCCGCCAUGGCCGCCGCCUACCGCCGUCUCCUCCUCCUCCGCCUCCCCCAUGCGCACCUCCAGCCUGCUCCAGCCAUUCACCACCUCUCCGCAACCUCCGCCGCCGCCGCCACCGCGGCGUUGUUCACGCCGCCGCGCCCCUCCGCCUUCUCCUCCGCCGCCGAGCGCGUGGAGCCGCCGCCCAACGCCCUACGACCCGGUUUUACAUGUGAUGGUAACUCCCAUCAUAGUUGGCGUCACAAGUUGGGUUCAACGGUUGGUACUGUACUGAUUGGACAAGCAGCCUUUUUUCUUGGUCUGAGCAACGGCUCUGCAUUCGCUCAGGAAGACACAGUUAGUCUAGCAGCUACAACAAGUGAGCAAGCUGAGGCAAAUGCUACUGGUCUGCAACGGAUUGAAGAUGGUUCAGUGAUCUCAAACGAACACACAGUCAAAUGGAGAAUCUUCACUGAUAAUGCGCGGGAUUUUUUCAUGAAAAGACAAUUGGAUGAAGCUGAGAAGUUUUUCCAGGCAGCCCUACAUGAAGCCAAAGAAGGAUUUGGACUGAGAGAUCCACAUGUCGCAUCGGCCCUUAAUAAUCUGGCAGAGUUUUUUAGGUUAAGGAAAGAGUAUGAGAAGGCUGAACAACUAUAUCUGGAAGCAAUUGAAAUCCUGGAGGAAUCAUUUGGAUCCGAUGAUAUACGGGUCGGAACAGCUUUGCAUAAUCUUGGUAUAUGCUAUCAUCUUCAACACAAGUUUGCUCAAGCCCAGACAUGUUAUGAGUGCGCAUUGAAGAUAGAAGGACGUGUUAUGGGGGUUGGUCAUCCAGAAUAUGCAAGUACGAUGUACCUCCUAGCCAAGGUGCUAAGUCUACAAGGGAAAAGAAAAGAUGCAGAGUCCCUUACUGAAGAGUCUAUUAGGAUACUGGAGGAAGCUGGGCUUGGCGAGACACCAACAUGUAUACAAAGAAUGAGGUAUCUUUCUGCGGAGUUGAUAAAAUCAAAUCGACUUGCUGAAGCUGAAAACUGGCAAAGGAAGAUAUUACAUACUCUGGAGCUUUCAAAGGGAUGGGAUUCAUUUGAUACUACAUAUGCAGCUGAACUCUUAAGUUUAACUCUUCAAGCCUUGGGGAAGUUGGAGGAAUCAGAAGAACUAUUGGAAAGAUGUGUUGCAGUCAGGAAAAAGAUUCUGUCUGAAGAUCAUUUUCAGGUAGCCGCUACAUUGGUACACUUGGCAAGGUUAACACUGCACCAAUUUACUAGUGAUCUGAAGAAAAUAAACAGUGAUGUAGCUACAUGUUACCUUGUUAGGGCAAAACAGCUCGUUGAUGAUUCAAUCAGGAUCACAGAAGGAAUAUUAAAUUCUUCAAGUAAAGAUCAGAACAAACUUAACAGCACAUCUACUACAGAUAGAGAUAAGAUUGCAGCAACCGCUGUUCUUGUGGUGGUGUUCACCUUCGUUGCACCUACUGCAGCAAAGAGGGCCAUAUUGAGGCGAACUGCUACCGAAAGAAGCAUCUUCCAUGUCCCUCUAGUGCUUCUACCCCGACUACCUCUUCAACCGAUACUCAGUAGGAGAUUGAAAAAGUCAAUGAUAAAUGACCACACAUAUCUCUAUCAGAUAACAUGGUGCAACCACUUCAUCUCUUUUACAGUAUUAAUGUAGAGUUUUGAAAUACUUGUUAGUAGAGUUUUGAAAUACUAUAACAAGUACACUUUUGAUUUCCUAAAUGGACUUACAUUGUGAAACAGCGAUUCCUUGGAGAAAUAUCUUGAAACAGAGGGAGUAAUUCCUAGAUACUCCAAUAUGAAGUGGAUAAAAAAUUAUUCACUAGAGUCAUUAUCUUGUGGAUAAUUUGAUUGUACCUCUGAUUCGUACUAAUAAAGUAGUAUAUAAAUAAAUGAUGCCAAAUGUAGUGGAUUUGUGGAACCAUGGUUUCCAUAAAUGAAGAGGUAACGACUUCCUUCGGUAGUGUCCUGCAUGGCGUGACCAAUUGGGAGAAGUGACUGGAAGAGAAUUUGACUUGUGGGUGCCUUCUGUUCCAAAUUAAGUUGUGUGGGGGAAGUGAAAUCAGGGGUGAGUUAUAUGGGGUAUUUAGAUUUUCCCAAACAUAAAACUGGGAGGAGAAAGAUUUAGUGCACAAUUUUGCAAGGGCAUGGGGCCAAAGAUGAGUAGUUAUAUCCCAUGCACUUAAUAUGUUUACUCCUGAAAAAUAAAAACGAGAAUGUAUAAUGGAAAUAUACAUCAUGGUGCUUUUUGUUUGUGUUAUCUAUUUUCACCUUUUUCUUUCUUUUGGGGACCUUUCCUUGAGCCUUUCUGGACACAGCAGGAUAGUAUUUAUUCAAUCUAGUCAGAGCCAUUGGAAUUUGAUCUAUUAGAAGUUCGCUAACGUCUUUUAACCAGAUGUAUUUAUUUUCUUUUUGUAUU